AUGUUGAACUGGAGGUGGCUGCUGCGGGUUUCUAACCGCUCCUUCUUGGCCUUCAUUUUUUUCUUUUCAAUGUCUACGACCUGUCUCUACUUCAUUUAUGUGGCCCCAGGAAUAGUCAAUACAUAUUUCUUCAUGGUCCAAGCCCAGGGGAUGAUGUUACGGGACAACGUGAGAAAUGCCAUCAGGUUGUACACCAAUAAGAACAGCACGCUGAAUGGAACAGAUUACCCCGAUGGCAAUAACUCGAGUGAGUUUGUUGCUCAGCCAACCACAUACCUCCCUGAGAACUUCACCUACGCCCAGAACCUGCCCUGUCCCGAACGCUUGCCUUCUAUGAAGGGUUCUAUGGAGGUGAACAUGACAGAAGUGCCCAUGGAGGAGAUGGAGCUGAGGUUGAAACAUCUGGAUAUUGAGUUUGGGGGCCAGUGGGCACCUCAGGAUUGUAAACCACGCUGGAAGGUGGCUAUUUUAAUACCGUUUAGAAACCGACAUGAGCAUCUGCCCAUUCUGUUCCAGCAUCUCGCUCCGAUGCUCCAGCGCCAGCGCCUCCAGUUUGGGUUUUAUGUCAUAGAGCAGACGGGGACCCAGCCCUUUAAUCGGGCCAUGCUGUUUAAUGUGGGGUUUAAGGAGGCCAUGAGAGACCAGCCGUGGGACUGCCUCAUCUUUCACGACGUCGACCACAUCCCCGAAAACGACCGCAACUACUACGGCUGUGGGCAGAUGCCUCGCCAUUUUGCCGCCAAACUCGACAAGUAUAUGUACAUUCUGCCCUACAGUGAGUUUUUCGGUGGGGUGAGUGGACUCACGGUGGAACAGUUCCGUAAGAUUAACGGCUUUCCCAAUGCAUUCUGGGGCUGGGGAGGGGAGGACGACGACCUCUGGAACAGGGUGCACUAUGCUGGCUUUAACGUGACCAGACCUGAAGGAGAAAUCGGCAAAUACAAGUCCAUCCCUCACCACCACCGAGGAGAAGUGCAGUUUCUGGGCAGGUACAAGUUGCUGAGGUAUUCGAAGGAGAGGCAGCAUCUGGACGGCUUGAAUAAUCUGAAGUAUACAGCGGAGAUCUCCAUGAGCAGUCUGUACAAGAACAUCACAGUCAACCUCCACCCGGAGCUCGCCCCCAUCGCCGAAUACUGACCCCCCCCCCCCGUCUC